GCUUGUUUUUUGUGCUGGUUUAUUGUAAAGUUUGUGCUGAUAUCUUUUAUUUGUUCUGGUUUUUUGAUUUGUUCAGGAGUUCGUAUCUGUCCAACUACUGGUAAUCAGUAUUAUACUCCUAUUGUUCCAGAUUCUUCCAAACCUGUAGUUGGUAUGCAUUUCCAGUCAAUUGAUUCUGCCUUUAAUUUCUAUAAGAAGUAUGCUAAGUUAUCUGGGUUUGAGGGUCGAAAGCAUACUCAAUCUUCAAAAAAUGGUGUUGUGAUUAGAAAGUACUUUGUUUGUGCGAAAGAGGGUUCAGCGACAUCCUGUGCUGUUGACACGGUAAAUGAUAGUGUUGGUGCUGAUAAAAAGUUAAAUGACCGAAGGAGGAGACCUUCUAAACGUACCGGAUGUAAGGCACACAUCCGUUUGUCUUUAACUCCAAAAAAUACUUAUAGAAUUUCUCAUGUAUUUGAGGAGCAUAAUCAUUCUUUUGUUGAUGAAGAGGAUUAUCAUCUUUUAGCUUCGUCUAGAAAGUUGACAUUCACUGAAGAGCAACUGCUUUCUGAUUUUUCUGAGAUGAAUAUUGGUCCAGUUAGGGCAUUCAACCUUAUGAGAAAGAUUCGUGGUGGAUUUGAUAAGGUUGGAGUGACGUCUACUGAUUGUAAAAAUUUUAAAAGAGAUAUUAAUUUGUUCAUUGGAGAGUUUGAUGUGGAUAUGGCUGUCCAACGUCUUAUGAAGAAGAAGCUGUAUUUGCCGAAUUUUUCUUGUGAAUUUUAUUGUGAUGAAAAAGGUGCUCUUGCUGGAUUAUUUUGGGCUGAUGAAGAAAUGAAACUGAAUUAUGAGGUCUUUGGGGAUGUUAUGUCUUUUGAUGCUACGUUCCGUACGAACAGGUAUGACUUGGUAUUUGUUCCGUUCACUGGAAUCGAUAAUCAUCAUCACAAUGUCACGUUUGCUGGUUCUUUGUUAGCAUCUGAAACUGCUGAAUCAUAUAAAUGGCUUCUUCAAAGUUUUUUGAAGGCUUUUGGUGUUGCACCUAAGGUGGUUGUGACUGAUCAGGACGCUGCAAUGAAAAUUGCCAUCCGAGAUGUUUUCCCAGAUACCAGACAUCGUUUGUGUAUGUGGCAUAUAAUGAUCAAAGUUUCUGAAAAGGUUGGUACUGAGCUAUCACAAGAUGAGGUUUUUAAAGAAGAUAUAUGUGAUGUUGUAUGGACUGAUGCUCUUGAACCAGCACAGUUUGAGACACAAUGGUGUGAUUUAAUGAUUAAGUACAACCUUACUAGUAACAGCUGGCUGUCUGAUAUUUUCAUUAUUUCUGGUUCCAAGGGCGACAUCUUUGGGUGCAUUGUUGGGUAUUCAACUUCAAGGUAA